AUGUUCGGCUAUGUUGUUGUUAACGAACAAAACUCCAUUGUUUUUCUGGACGGAAAUGACGAAUUUAAGGCGAAUUUCCAAAGUUUGGUCCAUUCGGAAAUUACUAGUAGGAAGGCAGAGCUCGAUUCUGUAUCCAGCGGUGUCGGCAGCUCCACAUGUACAGAAGAGCCAGAAUCGUCUAUGGUGUCUUCAAAGAAACCCAACAACGUUGUCUUUGAUUCUUCUGAAAUUUCACACAUCCUGUUACCCCUUAUUCUACUAUACAGGUCUACAAGCGAGAAGACAAAAGAUCCCAUAGACCAAAUAUCAUCGCCACUUGGCACGAUAUCGAUUUCAAAAUUCUAUCACAACUAUCUGGUCUUGGUGUUUGCCAAUGAUGAUUGUAAACGGCUAGAAGUAUCUCAGACAAUCGAACACACAAUUGCGACACUAUUCGGACCACUGAUAGCAUUUUGUAAUACCGAUCUCACAACUGUGAAAAAGCCAAAAGAGCAUUUAGUGGAGGCGCUAAGCAGGAAACUGGUUAUGAGUUCCAAGUCUUAUGUUGACAUUCGACGCAAGUUGUUCUACUCUGAAAAAAUUUCUAAACUCAAAGAAACAUUUCAAAAGAUUUCUUCGCAAUUAAAUGUAUUUGUUGGCAAUAACAGAUGCCUUCUUUUAUGUCAUGGAGACGUCAUAGCUACGUACAACUCUGUCGAAGGGAAUGACGACGUGCUCCGAGGCUUAAACACAAAUGACUUGCUAAAUAUAGUGUCAAAUACUACCAAAUGUGAUGCAACCAGUCAAAUCGAGCAGUUCUGGCUCCGAUCAACGACGGGCUUGAUACCGUAUUAUGUGAAUGUUAUCAGUGCGAGUGUUUUCAAAAAUACGACAUUAGUAUGUCUAGUGGAAUCGUCGGAAAACACUCUGAUCAGAUAUUUGUAUCUUUUCUCAAAACAACUCGACCAGCUGAGAGUGAGCAAGGACUUGAAUAAAGAUCUCAAAGAAGUUCGAAAAACAAUGAACGAUAUCCACAUUCUGCUUUUGAAUCGUAAGCCGCUCCCCGAGACGUAUUGUGCAGCCUUCAUGAGAAAUCCCUCAAGGGCGUCUUCGUUUUUCAAGUCUAUCUGGAAUCAAAUCGAAUCAGAAGUGCUUCACAUAAACCGAGACUCCGCAACACCAAAACCAAGAUCAGACUCUCGAUUUUCGAUCAGCUCAUGGAGAAGUGCACUUUCCACAAUCUCUAUCAACUCUUCAGUAUUCACGAAAGUGACCAUGGAUGAAAAGAUAAUGACCCAAAAAAUGGACAUUCUUCUCUCCUAUGGAAAAAAACAAAUCAACUCAUUGAUUCAAGAGCUGUGUUCCAUAAGCAUAGUAAAUGCUCGAAUAUCAACACUUCCCCUAUUCAAUCAGUGUUUGGAGAAAAUCGUGAAACCUAAUUCGAUUAAACUCGUAGAAUCGCUAGAAAUAGGUUCCAAAGAUCAAGAGCAAAAGUUAGCAAAGUUUCUAAAGCCAUCCGAAUUUUUCUUAGAGAUGUACGCGUAUAGAAUUCAAUUUGACGAUGUACAAAAGGAAAUAACCUAUAUCGCAGAAGAGUACAAAAACGAUAUCAACUGGGUACGACAACUAAAAAAUUCCAAUCGAUUCAGUUGUGACUUCAUCGGAAAUUCUGGAAGGAAAUUUAUGAUCUAUCACUUUACACAACCGGGUUCAAGUCAGAAAGAUGGGUCUCCAGAAGUUCGAUCUAGUAUCAAAAUGACGGCGAUUUUCCCAGAGUUUAUGAACAAGAAUUUGGCAGACAAGCAGACUAAAAAGUUGUUGGAAUGUGUUCUUAAACAGUUGAAAUAA